AUGUCACCCUCUGCCAGCUCCAAAACGAUACAGAGUAACACUUCGCCAAUUAAACAUAACUUGGACAGUAAUAGUUCCAAUAAAACUAGCUCUCAUGAUAUUCCAAAGCACUUAUGGAAUAAUAGACACUUCUUGUUUGAAAAAUUUGAUGACAUAAUUCUUUUGGACUAUGAAUCAUUUUAUUCCGUGUGCUCUGAAAUUUUGAGCAAGCAUAUUGCCAAGAGGUGUGAGGGUUACAAUGUAGCGAUGGACCCGUUUUGUGGCGCCGGAGGUAAUGUAAUUCAGUCAGCAAUGAAGUAUAAAAAAGUGAUCGCGAUAGACAUUGACCCGAACAAAUUGGAAUUUGCUAAGAAGAAUGCGGAAAUAUAUGGUGUGAGGGAUAAGAUUGAAUUCAUCGAGGAUGAUUUUUUCACUUUAGCUAAAGACCUAAAGAAAUACAAAGCUGAAGUCAUUGUAACUUCGUCUCCAUGGGGAGGACCGUCGUACAAAAACCAUAAAACAUACAGUUUGGAGAAAAAUAUGUGUAGUGAAUACGAUGGUGGCGGUUGA